AUGAACGGCGACGACUUUGAUCUGCCGCGCUGGCAGACGCACACGAACCCGGGCUCGCCGGCGGCGUACAACUACACGGGCUCGUCGCAGCAGUCGGCCCGGCCUCCGCCGUCGCGGAUCGCGCAGCUCGUCGACGACGACCCCGGCGCGGCGAGCACGACCUCGCUGCCCUAUCUGGCGCCCGCACAUUCCCAGGCCUCCCUCUCCCGCUCGGCAUCGCUCUCGGCAGCGAACAAGCCGAGUUCCUAUUACAACUCCUCCGUCGCCUACCAGGGAUACAACGACCCGCCCACCCCGCAGCAGACCCAAUCCGGGCAGGAGGACGUCUAUUUCGGGCAGCCAGGAUCGGCACCGCCCAAGCGCUCAAACACCCACCACGACGCAUCAACUUCUUCGGCCGCGGCCCGGGCGGCGCGCUCGCCCCUCAGGACGGGCCAGCUCUUGGACGCCUACGGGCAGACGUCGCCCUACUCGCCCGCUUACGGCCACUCGCGCUCACACUCGCAUUCCAAGGAGCAAUAUUCUCCCGCAGCUUAUUCGCCUUCUUACGGACUAGACGCCGCCUCUCAGCCGCCACCGCCCCCGCCACAGCGUUCAUCGCUCUCCCAACCGGCCACCCCAAUCGGUUUCCCGGUCCCCCACACCCACAGCCCGUAUUAUGGCCAACAAGGUCACCAGGAUGCAAUGGCCGUCGAUCCACCCGCUAAACGCCGCCCAUCUGGUUUCCGCCCCGUUCGCGAUGCACGGGAGCUGAGGCCACAGGUACAGACGCGUCCGGGUAACCGUCGGGUCGACGCUUCGGGCGCUCCCCUAUCUCCUCUCCGCCAGCUCACGACCAACAUCGUGGACACGUAUCGCAUAUGCAAUCCUCAGUUCAAGUACGAAUCGGCGCUCAACCCCCGCCGUGUGCUCACAAAGCCGAGCAAACCUUCCCAUAACGAUGGUUACGACAAUGAGGAUUACGAUUAUAUCCUCUACGUCAACGACUGGCUCGGCACAGACGAAGGCCACAAAUACCUCAUUCUCGACGUGCUCGGCCAGGGCACCUUCGGUCAAGUAGUCAAAUGCCAAAACAUGAAGACGCACGAAGUCGUCGCCGUCAAGGUCGUCAAAAACAAGCCCGCGUACUUUAACCAGUCGAUGAUGGAGGUUACCAUCCUCGAGCUUCUCAACAAUACCUGCGAUCCGAACGACGAGCACCAUAUACUGCGAUUGCGCGACUCGUUCAUCCAUCGCAGCCAUCUUUGCUUGGUGUUCGAGCUGCUGUCGAGCAACCUUUACGAGCUUAUCAAGCAGAAUCAGUUCCAGGGUCUGAGCACCCAGCUUGUGAAGGUCUUCACGGCGCAGUUGCUCGACGCGCUCACCGUCCUCAAGGAGGCGCGCCUGAUUCACUGCGAUCUGAAACCAGAAAAUAUCUUGCUCAAAUCAUUGCAAAGCCCGCAGAUCAAGGUCAUCGACUUUGGUUCAGCAUGUCAUGAGCGACAAACGGUCUACACCUACAUCCAGUCGCGCUUUUACCGGUCUCCCGAAGUCCUCCUCGGCUUGCCCUACACCGCCGCAAUCGACAUGUGGUCUUUGGGCUGCAUUGCCGUCGAGCUCUUCCUCGGCCUGCCGCUCUUCCCCGGCACGUCCGAGUACAACCAGAUCACGCGUAUCGUCGAGAUGCUCGGCCAGCCUCCGUCGCAUAUGAUGGACGUAGGCAAACAAACGGGCCAGUUCUUCGAUGCCUACACGGACGUUUACGGGAGGAAGAAGUACCGCCUGAAGUCCUUGGAGCAGUACAGCCGCGAGCACAAUACCAAUGAGCAGCCCGGGAAGCAGUACUUCAAGGCGACGACGCUGCCGGAUAUCAUCAACCAGGCACCGCUCCCGCAGUUGAAGGGCGGCCGUAGUGGCGCGGAGAUGGACAAGGAGCUCAAUGCGAGGGCCAGCUUCAUCGACUUCUGCCAGGGCUUGUUGAAUAUGAAUCCAUUGGAGAGGUGGUCGCCGCAGCAAGCGCGCCAGCACCCGUUCAUCACGGGCGAGAAGUUCUCGAAACCGUUUGUGCCCAACGCGCCGUCACAACAGCAACAGCAAACGCCGCCUCAGUCCGCACCUCCCGCGGGUGCGUCAUCCGGCACACCCGGCGGGACGCCCGACCCUAAGCGCCCGUAUGGCGGUCUGGUUCCCAGUCAGCCAAAGGGCACACGCGCUUACCAGGAUGCGGCGGCCUACCAGCAACAGCUCAGUCAGCACCAGGCGUACACGGCUCAAGCGCAGGCGGCCUCUCAAGCGGCCCAGAAUGUGUUCCGCAACCCGUAUGUGACCCCACCCGGUCAACAACAGGCGGCCCAGGCCAGUCCGGCGUACGAUACGAGCGCGGCGGCCUAUGCGCCGCCGCCGCAUCCGGCUUAUCUGCAACCUGGACAAGCGACGCAGAGUACUGGCCGUUCAGGCGCUUCGCAACAACAAGCGGCAGCCUACGGCGGUCAAGCGCCUCAGCCGCCGGGUAGCAGCUACUACCCGUCCUCCCGCGCCCGCGCCAACACGAUCAACAACAUGGACAACGUGCCUCCCGCUCUCGCCCGUCUGCAACACAUGAACCAAGACGCGAUCUCGGGCGGACGUAACGCUCUGACGCCCGUGCUCAACCGUGAUGACGCGAUCCGCGAAUGGGAGCGCCGGCAGCAGCAGGGCCCCGGCAAGCCCCCGCCAGGGCCGGCUUACCAGCCGCUCGAGCUGUUGCAGCAGCACGCGGAGCACUGGCAGUCCGGCGCGCGGGCGUACGCACCGGCGCAGGGGUCGGCGUUGGCGCACGCGUAUGCGCCGCCUCCCCCGCCUCCACCUGCUACGGCGCCCGCAUCGCAGCAUGAAGAGGAGAGAAGGGAUCAUAUCCUUCAGGGUGUACGUGCGAGUGCGAGGGAGGGCCCGCAGAGCUUUGGUGCGGCCGCGCAGAACGUGAUCUCUAGUCCGCCGCAGGCGUAUACGGGCCGUGGUGUGGGCGGAUACAGCAGUGGCGCGUACACCGGGAACGGCGCUGCCAGUGGUGCGGGGUACAACGCGCAAUACGCUCCCCCGCCCGGUGCAGCUGCCGCGGCGUUCGGCGUCGCUUCAGCGCAACCUGAUUUGAACGUCUAUGCGCCGAUGCAGCCGGACUCGAGCUUCGGCGGGUCGAGCGGGUAUGGAAGAGCUGGGCAGGCUGGGCCGGUUACGCCGGGUGGCCAGGGCUUCUAUCCGUCGGCCGUGCAGGGGGCGGGGAGUCCGCAGAGGAACCCGUUCGCGCAGGGCCAGGCUGCGGGGAGUCCGACGGGGCAGGUGCAGGCGACGGUCAAGACGGAGAGGAGAGGGAGCGGGAUGGAUUACUGGCCUGGGUAA